ACCAGCAUCCGUUCGAGCCAAAGUACCCGAGUAAACUUGCGAAAAGGAUCUGCUCAAAAUCCAUCUUCAUCCGUGGGAAAUUCACGCGUGCCGAUAUUAAAAAUAGCGGGAGCAGAAAGUAAACACUGUAACCUUUCUAACAAGCUACGUAUUGUUAAAAUACGAUGUUAGGAGCAUUUUGAAACAAGAGGCGAAAGAUUGUCGGAGCCGACUUCAUCCGGAGACAAAGUACAGAAGACAGAAACACUCGCUCGAACGGUCUGUUCUUGUCAGAUUUUUUCGGGUCGGACAGUUUUUAUUCGCAUUAGAGGUUUAAACAUUGAAAACAGUUUAAAUAUUUUGGAGCUAGCGAGCGUGCUUGCUAGCCUACAACAGAUUACUUAACAUGGAGUUGCGAGUCGGAAACCGAUACAGACUGGGCAGAAAAAUUGGAAGUGGAUCCUUUGGAGACAUCUACUUGGGUACUGACAUCUCUGUUGGAGAGGAGGUCGCCAUCAAAUUGGAAUGUGUGAAGACCAAACAUCCACAGCUCCACAUCGAGAGCAAAAUCUACAAGAUGAUGCAAGGAGGAGUUGGAAUCCCCACAAUAAAGUGGUGUGGGGCCGAGGGGGACUACAACGUGAUGGUGAUGGAGCUGCUGGGACCCAGUCUGGAGGACCUGUUCAAUUUCUGCUCUCGAAAGUUCAGUCUGAAGACGGUCCUGCUUCUGGCUGACCAGAUGAUCAGCCGCAUUGARUACAUCCACUCCAAGAACUUCAUCCACAGAGACGUGAAGCCCGAUAACUUCCUGAUGGGGCUUGGCAAAAAGGGUAACCUGGUCUACAUCAUUGACUUUGGUCUGGCUAAGAAAUACCGUGAUGCACGCACACACCAGCACAUCCCCUACCGUGAGAACAAGAACCUAACUGGCACUGCUCGCUACGCCUCCAUAAACACACAUCUUGGUAUCGAGCAGUCCAGACGUGAUGACCUGGAGUCUUUGGGCUACGUCCUCAUGUACUUCAACCUGGGUUCUCUUCCCUGGCAAGGCCUCAAAGCUGCCACCAAGAGACAGAAGUACGAACGCAUCAGUGAGAAGAAAAUGUCCACCCCCAUCGAGGUGCUCUGCAAGGGCUACCCCUCGGAGUUCGCCACCUACCUGAACUUCUGCCGCUCUCUUCGGUUUGAUGACAAACCCGACUACUCGUACCUCCGCCAGCUCUUCAGGAACCUCUUCCACAGACAAGGCUUCUCCUACGACUACGUCUUUGACUGGAAUAUGCUCAAAUUUGGUGCCAACAGAGCUGCAGAGGAUGCAGAAAGGGAGCGUCGGGAGCGUGAGGAGAGGCUGAGGCACAGCAGGAAUCCUGCUGCCAGGGGCAUCGCUUCUGCUUCAGGUCGAGCCCGGGCAGCUCAGGACGCWGCAGCCCCCUCCCCACUCAACCCUGCAUCACACACAGGAAUGGAGAAGGAGAGGAAGGUGAGCAUGCGUCUUCAUCGUGGAGCACCUGUCAACAUCUCCUCCUCAGAUUUGACAGGACGCCAGGACACGUCCCGCAUGUCCACCUCACAGGCUCUGUCCCGGGUCACGCCCAGCGGCCUCCAGUCUGCAGCUCCUCGAUGAAGUCGGUGUGUUUUUACCGUGGAGGCCUGAACAUCUCCCACCUGCAGCACGAGCACUCUCACGCACAUCCACAUCGAUUACAAGACUCUGAAAUGACCAGUGGACUUCCUGCCAGUGCACAAGAGUCUGGCUGUGCAUCUGUUCACYUGACAGAGGAAGAGAUGCACAGACAGCAGAUUGUGUACAUAUGUGUGCGUGUGUGAAAGACAUGGGCAGGUGGAGACCGCUUUGGUUGCCUUAAUGACCAUCUUGGCUAAGUAGCAGCCAAAGCAACACUUUCUUCCUCUCUGAUGGAAGAUGUUUGAAACUCCUCGUCCCUGCUGUUGACGAAGCCAUGGAUUCAUAUUUCUCUGGCAUCUUUUUUUUUCUCUUCUUCAGCUUUUAAUUUGACUUGUUUUUAGUCUUUUUAGCAUUAAAACGUCUCCUGCACCAGCCUCAAAACGGUCUGAACCUGGAGAACGAAGCGUUAGACGUUAAAGAAAAAAGUGGGCGUGUGCUCCACCGUGGCAGUGUUUGAGCACAGUGCAYAAACUCUGAUCUGUUCUGUAAAAAUACUCAGAAACCCCUCACUCAAGCUGAACGCCUCGUCUUAUUUAGUUUUUAGUAGUUUAAACAGCACAGGUAGUUCAUGUCCUCAGGCGGACRUUGUUGUAAAUCCAGAGACACGCAGCACAUUUAGUUUGUGUGUUCAGGUUGUGACUGCAGUGGAGAAGCUGUGAACGGACCAGAGACAGUGGGCUCAGUCUGUCCACGUCGUGCGUUUCAGACGUUUUUAUUCAGUCAGUAGUGAUGUGGUUUGUCUGUGUUUCUGUGGGUCUGUCUGAGGCUUUUUUACACGCUUCAAACGGUGGGGGGUCAACAUGUUAACUCUUUGUUAAUCUAAAUACACUUUGUAAGAUUUUAACUCCACUGCAGCUCGAAUCUCAGUCCAGGUGAGCAUCUGCUUCCUCAUGGAGUUUAACCCUUCUUUGUUUCAGGCACAACUUGUCCUUUUUCUUCUUCUUUUUAACCUGGACCCAUAAAGCAGUCACAGAAUGUGGUCRGGACUGGAUGAGAGAAGCUUUUUGUUGUUUUUAUUUAAUGGCAGUUAUGAGUUUUGCAGUAACAGCUGUUUCUCACUGAGCUGCGACUGCUGGAGACGAGUUGGAAGCUUAGAAUUAGUAGAAAAAAACAGGAAAUUCUCAGUCUCGCUGAGUUCUGUGUUCACGAGCACCGAGUCACGUUUUGAGCAACCAGUUUAUAACAAUCACAGCUUAUUUCUGUGUGCACAGAUUAAACUGUACUCUUUACUUGAAGUAGUUGUGUAGUCACGUGAGCCACCGCCCACACGUUUAGGACUCCAUCAUCUGGAUUAUACUUUAGAAAUAAAGAUAGGCAGAUUGGGACUAUUUAGACCUGGGUGUGUUUUCUGUUAGAGGGCAGCGUCGGUGCAGGUGUCACAUGAGCCUGUUGUUCCUGCGUGUGACAAACAGGUUCAUCCUAAACCUCACAAACGCCAAGUGUUAACAUCUGUCACUCUACGGUGCAUGAUUUUAUAAAUGCUGGUCUGUGAAAUAUUUCCUGCAGGAGAGUUGAGUUUGCUACAAAGCUAUUCUAACAUUAACAAGAGAUGAACCACUGUUAAUUAAAACUUGGACACUAAAUAGCUCAUUGCCAGAAAGCAGACGUUGGAUCAGUUUGACACUGCUGAGUCAGCUGUAGAUCUCUUCUUUUCCUAACUCAGAUUUUGUCUGAAGACGCCUGGAAGUCACACACAGCUGAAGACGGCUACACCUGAGACAAAAUGGACAAGGACGACAGUUUUUGAGAGAAUAUUAAACAGAUUCAUUGAACAUAUUCAAAACUACAAACCUCUGCAGCUCGCAUGAGCAAACCCAGCAAAGAGCCGUUUUCUCCAGCUGGUCUCCAGGAAUCUCAGCUCAGUGAGACGCCACCUAAAGGACUUUUUUUUUCGUACAAAGUACGGUUAGUUUAUCGUAGCGCUAACCAGCUUGUGGAAACAAGUUUAGAGGCUUAAAUGUGUAGAUCUUUCUAACGGGCCCUUAAAUUCUUCCUGUUCCAGCAGAUGGUUAAAACUAAACAUCUAAAACAAGAAGCAGGUGUGGAGGAUUAUUUAAUUAGUUUAAGAUUAAUGGAACAGGAAGGUGAGACGUAAAAGAACAAAUACGAUUAAAAACAAAUGUUUCAUCUUUGAACCAUCUGAAGAUUUUAGGUAAAAGAUGGACAAAGUUUAGCCGGUUGCCURACGGAAGCAGACAUGUUUUUGUUUUUGUUUUUCCAGUUUUUGUGGAGUGAGUGUUAUGUAGAGAAAGAUGUUGAUGGAUCUGCUGAACUGAUCUGAACCCUGCAGGUUUUAAAGUAGAAAAUCUGUGUGAUAGACUGAUACAUGUGUUUUUGUGUAGUUUGCUGGGGGAAUGGGUCUUAGCUGUAAUGUGUUCAUGUUUGUUCUGUUGUUGUGUCGUCCCAAAGAGCUGCUGUAGGCUCUCGGGCGAUGAUUUGUACAGAGGGACAGGGAACGCUUCACUCCGAUGAGAAUUCUGCUAAGAUGUUUUUUUGGGGAUUUUUUUUUCUGUCUGAAUAUAUUUCACCUGUUGGCUUAAAAAAGUGGUGGAGAAGCGAGUGUCUUUUUGAUGGUUGAACAAUUUUUCAUUCAGUAAAUUCAGAUUUUUGUGCCCAGCGGUCCAACAGACGAUGUACCACAAUGCAUCUUUACUGUGGACUCAUGGGAGAUGUUUCUGUUCACUCCCAUCUCGAUGCUCCUCAGUUGUAAUGCCACUGUAUUUGUGUGUUUUAAAUUUGUGUAAAUAAAUUAAUAAGUACUUGUA